AUGAUUCUACUACCUACUAAUAGACUGGUUGAUUCGUAUGCUCUCGGUAGGUUUACAUCAGCUAGAUCUGAUCCAAUCCAUGGUGGAAGUUAUUUAUGCCUAUUGGAGGAUAAAGCAUCACUGAGAAAGAAUAAACACCGAGAGAACAACGCUGAAGUAUCGAAAUUUGGUAGUCGUAUUAUGCAUCAAACAUCUAAAGAUUCUUUUUACACUUCAUUGAAUCAUGUUCACUUUGAUGAUAAUGAUGACAAUGGCGAGAAGUGGAUAUCAACAAACAGUAUGACUUAUCGGGAUUAUACAAAUUUCAGAAGAGAACAAAAACGAUGGAAUAAAAAGUCAUUUAAUGUCAGUAAAUACUUCAGUGAAGAAAAUCUUUGUUGCUGGCCUGGUCCCUAUCCAAGAUUGGCUUGUUCUACAACAAAUGAAGCAAUAAACUUGAAGGAUGCGAAAUCCACAUAUCGUGUAAGUUUUCAUCUUUCAGUCUCUCGUUUAGCUGAAUAA